AUGGCCGACAGAAUCCAAGUAGACUACAAUUUGACGGAGUACGAGGUUGUAGUGAUGACGCGGACUUUCUCCUUGACCGGGAACGUUUUUUUCCUGAACAAUUUCCUGUACUCUCCCGAUCGCUCGUUUUUGCAAGCGUUCAAAUUUUUCGACGUCGACCGCAGUGGCGACGUGGACGUUACGACGGAGUGGGCAUCGCGCGGUUGUCCGCUUGACACGGACCGGAACGGCGAUGGUCGAGUCGACGACAACGAAUUCCAGCAGUUUUGCUCCGUGCCAGAUGCGCCUAUGCAAAUGUAGCAAAUGCUUGCGUCUCGGUCUGGAAGUAGGGAUUUUCAGCAGAAGAAAAUUGGAGUGCUGGGCGCGUUGCAGUUUCCUAGCAACUGAAAUACGGAUACGCAGUGUGACUGGGCGAAAAUACCACGUAUGCUGCUGAUGCAGAGUAAGAGCUAGAAGGGUUGGUGUGCAAAACGAAGCGCCUUUUGCGUUUGUAGUAAUGCGCAGCAAACAAGAGCUCGUACUCAACCUCAAUCAAGCCCAUGUCCUUGAGUUUUGCAUUUUGCAAUGAAUUUAUCCAAUUUUCGAGACUCAGUCUCAGAUGGAUUUGCAUUUGGCGUUGAUCUUGAUGCCGUCGUCUUCGUCGUCAGCAGGAGGCGCUCUAUUCGCCGGCGCCUCGAGCACACUGGAAACAGAACCACGCGAAGAUACACGAGUCGUGGACACUGCGCACGACUACCUGCAGUGGCGGUUUCGUGAUAAAAACUUUGCCGCAGACCGCCAAGGUGAACUGCAGCCAGAAAAACUCAACAGGAUCCGCGAAAGAGCGAAGGUGCUCUACGAAGAAGGAGCGCAGAGACGAGCGGUGGAAGAGGACUCCGGUUGGAAAAUCACCAGCGAAGACAGGCGGCAGAAGAUUUUCGAUGCCAUGGAUCAAGCACGGACUCUAGAUACCCUAGACGACGUGGCUAGGAUGAAUGAGAUGAACGGGGGAGAGGAACAACUAACUACCUUUUCUAACUUUGGCAGUGCCCCAGAGGAGAAGAAGGGAAACGAGAAAGGCUGGAUUUCAAGGUGCUUGGGAAGGUGCUUCGAGAGGCGCAGGAAUGACGAAGAGCCACUCCUACCGUGAGGGGAUGUCGGACGCUAACGACCUCCCCGUCCUUCAACCUGAGGAGAUGAUUCUGGGGCGGGCACUGGGGAAGCGCCUGGAGGUAUUAGUGGCCUGCCGAAUCCCACACCGCUGUUGCCAUUAACCUAGAGUAGUAGAGGGAGGGAAGGAGCUGGAGCUCAUACAAUGCAAGAUCUAGGUCUAUCUCUGGGUCUGCGAUCACGAUGGAUAGCAAAAGAAGAAAUUGAUGAAAAUCUUCACUGACAAAUGUAUGGUGACUGAGACUGAGAGCCACAAAGAGUUACCCUUUUUUUAAAAUCAAUCAGUUUCUCAUUCUCCAAGAGAUUUUGAAAUACGGACGGAUUGUCAUUAAACACUUGUAUUUUUCAGAAGGAGUCACAUUGUACAAUUUAAGAUAAAGAUACUCGAACUCGUACUCGGGCCGGGGUACAGGCUUGUUGCAUAUUUCAGUACAUACAAACUAGAAACACAAGCAUAGCUCUGCCUCUGUCCAGCAGUCCUUGCAGAGAUGAUACUUACAGUAUAAAAAAGAGUAGACGACGAGAUAAUUGUCGACCGAUGGAAAGUGUAGAAAUGUCGCUUCCACCAGGGAGAUGAUGAGGGUCCUUCAGAUAGACAGAAAAAAGUAUUUUGCU